AUGGUUGGGAAUGACUUUUCUGAUGUUUAUUACGGUAUACCUCGGUUAACGAGGUAUUGGUUAACUGGAACCGUUGUUCUAUCUCUUCUCGGAAAGUUAGGCCUUAUAAGCCUGUUUUCGCUUAUAUUGGAGUGGAACAAAUUCUUCUAUGAUUUCCAGGUACAUAAACUGACCCGCAAUUCAAUCACCUCAUCAGAUAUGGCGGCCAGUGACGGCUCUCUUCUUUUAUCCAGUAACACCCCAAACUGGAUUCCACUUCCUUAUUAACCUUUACUUUUUGUACACAUAUUCGUCCCGGUUGGAAACUGGUAGGUCCUCUUGUCUGACCCAAUCUGUUAGUCGAAUUCAGCGGACGUCCUGCGGAAUACGCCUUCCUCCUACUCGUUAACUGGAUUACUCUGACCGUAUCCUUUGAAAGCAUAUUUAGGGUGGAAAUUUGCCUGAAUUUUGUUUCGAAAUCAGUUACUUCAUGCGCUGAGCAAACUAGCUUGAUGUACUAGGUCAACUGUCUAUGGAGAGCUUUCAGCGACUCCCCCCUCUGAUUGAGUAAUUUACCUCCUGCAAAUAUGACUGCUCAGCUACAUAUUAGUCUCUUUCAAAAUUUUUUCCUUAGCUAUUAGUUUAUUGGCUUUCUUAUGGGCUUCUACGUAAGUUACCGAUACUUUUGUGUCAUCGCUCUUGGUAGAUUUUUGCUUUUCGUCCUUCAUAUGCAUCUGAGUUGUCACUUUAUCUCUACAGUAGCCCUUCUUCGGGAUAUAUUGACGAAUUAUAUGACUUUUUCUACUACAUUGUACGAUCGAAGGACAUCGAAAAUGCCAUGUUAAGAACCGUGCGAAUGACAUUUCCUCUUAACUUUAAACCAUCAUCGAUUCUCCGGCACGUAUCAUGUCUGGCAUUUGUCGACAUUCUAGAUUUAAGGUUUGCUUCCCCACGAAAAUAUACGGCAAUGAAGGACCCGAACAUGAUAAAAAAAUGACAAAAGAAUUUGUUUUAUAAUUUGUCUUUUGGAAGGAUGACCAAUUUUGCAUAUCCAUUGGAAAGCUAUGGCGAAUAGUAGGUUUUUGUUAACGGAAUCACCUUGGUUGGAGGAGCAUCAGUAGAAUUUAUCGGUUUUGCAUUCACGGUGUGGCACUUUCUACGAAAUGGGGCAUUUAAGGAUUUUAAGUCAAUUUCGGUGCUUCCAUACCAGCUUUCGGUAACUGGCGUGUCUCAUGAAGUGUUGACCGAAAUUUUGAAUACGUUUACAAUUAGGAAGGAUUGUGUAGGUAGGUUUGCAAUAUUGAUUAUCGCACAGUAUUAUCCCAUGAAAUUUCAAUCACGCCAUGAUUAAUUUCUUCCGGACACCUGCGAGGACCACACCUGAUGUAGAAUUACUAUUCAUAGAUGUUUUAGCAGAUUUUUGAAUAAUUCAUAUUGACUCAACUGUGAAAAACUCUGUGCCUCGGUGGGAUUCGAACCCACGCAGUAAGGGGAAGGCUUUAGUACAGCCAACACUCUAACCACUGGAGCUACGAGACCCCGCCGGACGUCGAAAUUUUAAUCACAUUUGGGUCAAGUUACCCGCCCAACUUACUGCAACGUUGGAAUCCACCACAUCUGAUGACUACCAGGCUCACGUAGUUCAUAGAUGCUUUGGCAGAUUCCUGAAUAACUCAUAUUGACCUAUAUUGAUUUGGUGGAUUCCUGACUUUACAGUAGGUUGGGCGGGUAACAUGACCCAAAUGUGAUUAAACUCGCGUCGUCCGGCGGGGCCUCGUAGCUCAUGUGGUUAGAGCGUUGGCUGUACUAAAACCUUCGCCUUACUGUGUGGGUUCGAACCCCACCGAGGCACCGAGUUUUUCACAGUUGGGUCAAUGUAUAUUAUUCAAAAUCUUCCAAAACAUCUAUGAAUAAUCGUACUUUAUAAAAAGGUUGCAUGGACAGUUUGUUAAUUAAGCCGAUAUUCAGAAAUGCGUUUCUGAUAAGGAUGGAUUGCUUAGGCGGGGUUGUACUAUUGAGCAUCACGAAGCGUAAUCCUAUGGUAUUUCGGACCCGCCAGAAUGUUGGUUUUUGAGUGCAAUUCUUUUCAACCUCCUGCAAAAUCUGCACUUGAUGAAAAUGACCAUUUAAGUAGUAUGACUUUUUCACAUUUCCAACUGCCUGAUAAGUUGAAAUAAAUCUUAUAGAAAACACGCACAGAACAUGCUUUAUCUUAUUCGUUUGGUAGCAAUGCACGUCGUCUUCACAUUUUAUACUCGAAGACAACGUACCUUUCGGCUUGACAUUUUUUUAAUCUUGAGAUUUUCUAAGACCGCGCAAUGUGCAUUCAUACAGCAUCGUACCUGUCCGUUUAGUAAUGCUCUUCAUAAAGUAUGUAACAUAGUCUGCGUCCAUAGCAACUUCUUGUGAACUCUAAAUGGCAUCUUUUUAAAGGCGUAGAGGAAUAUGUGAUAAUCUUUAUGUGGUUAGUAAACACCUUGUAGACUGAAAUCGCUACAGGCUAACGCAACGGUUGAUCUAGCUCAAAUUUAUUCGGGAAUUGAAACUUUUUUCAAAGCCUAAAUAUAUCCCUUCUUCGGGUAAAAAAUGUGCUACCAAAUUAAUGAAAUAAUGCAUAUUUUGUGCGCGUUUUCUAUAAAAUAUGUUUGAAUUUGCAAGGCCGUCGAAAUCCAAUGUGAAAGAUGCGUGCUACAUAAGUAGUCAUUUUUUUACCGAUGCGGUUUUCACAAGAGAUGAAAAAGAAUUGCAGCAAAAAGCUAACAUUCUGGCGAGUCCGGAAUAUCGUAUGAUUAUGCCUCGUGAUAAUUAAUAUUACAACCCCACCUAAGUAAUCCCUCCUAAUCAAAAACAAUGCCAUUGACCGAAUAUUUAGAUUUCGAAUUGUAAGUUGUCUGAACUAAAGCAAUGGCGCUUCUUAUUAGAUCUAUGGACAUCUCUCAGUGGUCAUGGCAGCGUCUAUCUGGCUCGUGCACUAGUCCGCAGAUAAAUGAAAGGAUACUUGGGCGACUUAAGCUAAAUCACUAUCUCCGCAGUUCCUCCCCUUCCAUUUUUAGUACCUUGCAAAGUCCAAGUAACUUGGCCUUGCUACCGUUUCAGUUUUCAGCCUUCUAUCUCCUGUGACAUGCUUUUGACCAGAGCGAAGCUGAUUUUAUGUGACUUUGCCGCCUUCUAAAUCAGCAAGACUCGACAUCCUGACUAGUUUAUCCGUUUAAAAUGCAUGAGUAACUCGGUACCAAUUACCAGAUCGCCUUCAAUCUCAUGGAAUAACGAUUUUUUUCCUGUACAGCUGCUCUUUGAGCCGAUGGUCCUCAGCGUCAUGUACGUGUGGUGCCAGAUGAACCGGGAGGCAGUCGUCCAGUUUUGGUUUGGCACCCAAUUCAAGGCAAUCUACUUCCCAUGGGCACUUGUGGUCUUCAAUAUCAUCAUUCGCGGAAGGUAGGGAUCCGUUUUACUCUCUCUUUCCUAACCUUUGUCUACUUAUAGUGCUCUGAUGGAGCUCGUCGGUAUCUUUGUCGGCCAUGUCUACUACUUCUUUGCCCAUCAAUACCCGCAAGAGUUCGGCGGUCCGCAACUCCUCAAAACACCUGCCUUUCUGUAAGUUCUUCCUCUUUCACAUGCCUCUUAAGCAUCUUAUAUUUAUUACCUGUUCAAGUAAGUUCCUUGAAUAUGAACACUUUUGCGGUACCUUGGUUUACGCUAUAACAGGUCCUCCUUCGUACAUUAUGCCAGAACUAACAACAUCCCUUUCUCCACCUCCUAACUCGUCAAUACUGACUCAGUCGACCCAUGGGGCAUUAAGUAUUUCUGAAAUGUCCGUCAUCCUUUGAUAGAGACCGUAUCCGUUGCAUUUGGGGUCGGAGUCACCGACCUCAAACGUUUUCGUCCGCUGCCCAACAGAGCUUUAAUAGUUAGAAAUUGGUGGGGACGGUCGUGACUAUAGGCCAUACAGUCAGUGACUGAUCUCAUGAAAUGUUAUCCGAGAUUUUGAAAUGUGUUUUUGAUUAGGAGGGAUUACUUAGGUGGGGUUGUAAUAUUAAUUAUCACGAGGCAUAAUCAUACGAUAUUCCGGACUCGCCAGAAUGUUAGCUUUUUGCUGCAAUUCUUUUUCAUCUCUUGUGAAAACCGCAUCGGUAAAAAAUGACUACUUAUGUAGCACGCAUCUUUCACAUUGGAUUUCGACGGCCUUGCAAAUUCAAACAUAUUUUAUAGAAAACGCGCACAAAAUAUGCAUUAUUUCAUUAAUUUGGUAGCACAUUUUUUACCCGAAGAAGGGAUAUAUUUAGGCUUUGAAAAAAGUUUCAAUUCCCGAAUAAAUUUGAGCUAGAUCAACCGUUGCGUUAGCCUGUAGCGAUUUCAGUCUACAAGGUGUUUACUAACCACAUAAAGAUUAUCACAUAUUCCUCUACGCCUUUAAAAAGAUGCCAUUUAGAGUUCACAAGAAGUUGCUAUGGACGCAGACUAUGUUACAUACUUUAUGAAGAGCAUUACUAAACGGACAGGUACGAUGCUGUAUGAAUGCACAUUGCGCGGUCUUAGAAAAUCUCAAGAUUAAAAAAAUGUCAAGCCGAAAGGUACGUUGUCUUCGAGUAUAAAAUGUGAAGACGACGUGCAUUGCUACCAAACGAAUAAGAUAAAGCAUGUUCUGUGCGUGUUUUCUAUAAGAUUUAUUUCAACUUAUCAGGCAGUUGGAAAUGUGAAAAAGUCAUACUACUUAAAUGGUCAUUUUCAUCAAGUGCAGAUUUUGCAGGAGGUUGAAAAGAAUUGCACUCAAAAACCAACAUUCUGGCGGGUCCGAAAUACCAUAGGAUUACGCUUCGUGAUGCUCAAUAGUACAACCCCGCCUAAGCAAUCCAUCCUUAUCAGAAACGCAUUUCUAAAUAUCGGCUAACAUUUCAUGAGAUUGAUCACUCGCUGUAGAACGAACUCACCCUGGAUGGCACAGGGGUGAGCAAUACAUGAACGAGAUCAGCUCCGAAUAGCUCCCGGUUGACCUGGAUGUGGCUGCGUCAGGAAUAUCGACCUGUCGAGCUCCUGCUCUGCAGUGUAGACCUGGAAGAACAGCCUUAGCCUUUAGAACGUGUCUUCACUUGCAAGGAUAACCGCUUGUGUGCCGAAAAAUCCAAGACUCAUCCGUUGUGUCUCUCCUAUCAUGUGGGCUGGCAAGUAGUUCCCCCAAAAUCGGAAGAACGUAGGAGGACCACCUGAAACACGCCUAGGUUAGAAGCUUUUAAAAAUCUCUGUCUUUUGCUAGUGCUGUUGCUCGAAAGGAAACCAUCUCUAAGCGAAGAAGGAUUCACAACGUCUGUCACGCGCAGUGAACGCGGCACUGGUUUAUGGUGGGGCAGACUUGCGUAGCACCUACCACACUCUUCCAUCACCCACUAUGUUUCGAUGUCAAGACAAAGUCAGGGCGGCCAGAGAUGGGUGUUGGCGCAGUGACUGACAGAAUUAAAUGGCCCAAAUAACAUUACCGACAUAGGCAAGAGAGAUUGGAGUGGCCGUUUCCGGCCUGUUGCCCGUCGUCAGAUAGCUAUACUCAAGCUCGAGGUGUGCAGCAUCUGGAGCUCGAUCCCGCGACUUUUUGGGAGGAAGUCCAACGCCCUAACCACGAGCUCGUUGUGCUGUUGGUUUCCACCGGGUAUACAUAAUAGCAGAGGGACCCUCACCAAUCGCUUUAUGGAACUCAGUCGUCCCAUUGUGCCUUAGGGCUUUCUCGAGCCCUGCCAGCAGCCGUUCAUCGGCGCGUAAUAUAGACAGAUUAAUAUUAACGACGAAGACAAGGGAGACUGGAAUAUCUACUUCUGGCUUACUGAACUUUAGUUAGAAGUUCAACGCCCUAACCACUGAGCCACGGACUCGUUGCCCUGUUGGUUGCGUUUGUGAAUAUACAACGGUAGAAGGAGCGCUCACCGAUAGUGUUACGGAACCCCAUCGUCCCGUUGUGCCUAGGGGCUCUUUCUUGAGCCCAACCAACAGCUGCACAGCGGCGCGUAAUAUAGACAGGAUGGUGUUACCGACAAAGACAAGGGAGACUGAAAUGGCUGACUGACGACGGCUAAUAGGCCAGAAAUUACCAUUCCAGUCUCCCUUGUCUUUGUCGGUAAUACUAUUCUGCCUAUAUCAUGCGCCGCUGUGUGGCUGCUGGUUGGGCUCGAGAGAGAGCCCGUAAGGCACAACGGAACGAGUGAGUUCCGUAAGAACGGUCGGUGAGCGCCCCUUAUCAUUGUAUAUUGCCGAUCGAAACCGACAGGGCAACGGGCUCGUGACCCAGCGGUUAGAGGCGUGAACUUCUAACUACCAGGUCGCGAGUUCGAGCCUCGGGUGUUUCACACUCCGGGGGGGGGGGUGGGGGGUUGCGUAUGACUGACUGACGACGACUAAUAAGCCGGAAAUGGCCAUUCCAGUCUCCCUUGUUUUGUCGGUACUAACAUUCUGCCUAUAUAUCGUGCGCCGCUGUGCGGCUGCCGGCUGGGUUCGAGAGAGGGCCCCAAGGCACAACGGGAUGAGUGAGUUUCGUAACACGAUCGAUGAGUUCCCUCUGCGCGUGCUGCACAGGACCUGGUUCCAAUUUAGUGUGUACCAGACCACAGUAAAGGUGACUGGGAUCUCACAAGUGAAAUGCCAUAAAGACCACACCAGGUAGCCGUUGUAGCCUGACCUUCAAUACCGAGAGGGACUCAGUUAUCCCGUUAGUUGUCAGCCCUCUGAGCCACGACUCUUACGACGUCGGGAUAGGUUCAUGUGUGCCGCGCGCCGUCUCGAGGGUUACACGGCCGGUCGGUAAAGUGCGCCCUUCUGCCAUGGUCGGGGCUGAUAAACUUGCUUCAGUAUUAUCUUCCCUCCCAGUCCUCUCCUAUUGCGUAAGGUCAUGGCUAAAAGGAGAGACGCCAUUUAGAUCCACGCAACCAAAAUCGAGAAUAGUCCCUCCUCAAUUUCCCCGUUUGACGCAGCUGAUGUUUCCGUUUUGCCCGCUCUUGCGGAUCUUGCGAAUCCAGCGUGAAAGGCUGUCUACUGAGACUCCAGGAAUCAUAUCAUGGUCUUUGCGAAAUGUUUUGAGCCAGCUUUUCAACUGAUUUCCUACGCAUCGCCCCCAGUAGGAUAGCCACGCUGACCUUGAAGGAUAGCAUGCCCAAAAUACUCCAGCUAUCCUUCUCAUGGUUUAGUUACAAGGAGUGUUACCUGUCUAUUUCCAGUGGAAGUCAUCACAAUGCCUCCAAAAGACGAUUUUAAACAAGAUCACAUUUGUGUGUCUCUUUAGGGAUCAAAUCGGUGUGUCCAGGGUUGGUGGGUAGCAGGUGCAGUCAUUGAGGUCGCCACGAGUUCAGCGAAUGAAAACGUGCAGAAUAAACAGUCACACAGCUUUCACAGUUCGCAGCACCUAGAGGCAACAACACUUAAUGAACCAGGGGACUCAUCGUGAUCUAUUUACCAAAAGAAGCUCGCUGUGCCCCACAAACUCUGUGGCAUGUCUGCUUCAAAUGUAUCGAGCGCCGACCGAGGCUGAGAGUUUCGAAUCCUCGUUUUAUAUAAGAAAACGCCUUCUAUUGAUUUUAUUUGCGUACUAUAUCAGAUUUAUACGCCGUCCGACCCUGCUCGACGACAGACGCAAGCGUUUCGCAUGUCUGGGCCACUCCGUUGUUUUCUUAUCUUGCUUUGAAGCCGGUUUUAGCAAUAGGAUCCAGCGUUGCAUCAUAUGUGCUAUCACAUGAAAUGUUUCCCGAGGUUCUGAAGUGUGUUUUUGAUCCGUAAAUAUUAAUUAAUUUGGGUUGUGAUAUCAACUAUCACACAGCAUAAUCCCAAGACAUUUUAGUCACACCGGGACGCUGUCAUUUGAACGAGCUUCUUUUUGGCUGUCUGUGAAAAAUACACUGUAACAAAUGGAAAUCCGAGUGGCAUGAGUUUCCCUAUUUAUUUUCGAUGCGCUUAUAGUUUGUAGAAAAGAUGCCCAAAAAUAUUAUUUCUUUUACUUAUUUGGAACAGAAUUUCGUCAUAUCCAAAUUUUAUACCCGAGAAAAUGGUGUGUCUUGGUUUUUAAGAACAUUUUCGAUUCCCGAAUAGUUCUGAACCCGACCUCCCGUUACACUUACAUUAAGGAUUUCCAAACUACAAGCCAUAUACUUGCCGCAUAGGGAAAAUAAUCUAUUCCUCUGUGUCGUUAAGAAGAUAUUGGGCUCAUUUUAUAGAAAACAUGCGCGAAAAUAUUCUUUCUUUCACUCCUUAGGUAGCAAUUUGCGACUUCUCUAAAUUUAUACAGUGCGUAACCGAUCUCAUGAAAUGUUGGCUAAAAUUCUGGAAUGCGUUUCCGAUUAGGAAGGAUUACGUAACUGACGUUGUUAUACUGAUUAUCAUGCAGCAUAAUCCUAUAGAAUUUCGGACUAGCCAGGAUGUCGGUUUUUGAAUGCACUACUUCUCGACCUCCUGCAGAAACCACACUCGGUAAAAAAUGACUACUUAAGUAGCAUGCAUUUUUCCCGUUGAUUUUCGAUGGUCUUAUAAAUUCGAAUACAUUUUAUAGAAAACAUGCACAAAAAUAUGCUUUCUUUUGCUCACUUGAAAAGAACUUACAUUGUAUUCAUAUUUUAUGCCCGAAGAAAGUGUAUACUUGGGUUUUUUAAAAAGUUUCUAAUUAUGAGAUUUUUAAGGCUGCGACGUCCAUGCAUGCAAGACCGCACAUGUCCGUUUACUAAUGCUCCUCAUGAUAUGUACAACACAGUCCGGAUCAAUUGCAAAAUUUCAUGAACUCUGUGUGGUAUCUUCUUAAAGGCAGAGAGGAGUAUAUGAUUUUCCUUACGCGGAAAGCAUGCGCCUUGUAGACUGAAGCUGGCAAACGCUGAUGCAAUAGCAGAUCAGGCUGAAAAUUAUUCGGGAAUAGGGAAACUUUUUUAAAACCUGAAUGCACACUUUCUUCGGACAUAAAAUAUGAAGGUAAUGUGAUUUCCUUCCAAAUGAGCAAAAUAAGGCAUAUUUUGUGCAUGUUUUCUAUAAAAUAUGUUUGAAUUUAUAAGACCAUCAAAAAUCAAUAGAAAAAAUGCAUGUUGCCUAAGUAGUCAUUUUUACCGAGUGUGGUUUCUGCAGGAGGUCAAAAAGAGGUGCAUUCAAAAGCCGACAUCCCGGCGAGUCCGAAACGUUAUAGAAUUAUGUUGCAUGUUAAUCAUUAUAACAACCGCACUUAAGUAGUCCUUCCUAAUCGGAAACGCAUUCCAGAAUUUUGGCCAACAUUGCAUGAGAUCAGUCACGCACUGUACUUGGAGAAAGGGUAUCUUUCUGUUUAAAAAAAAAAACUUUUUUUCAAUUCAUUAAUAAUUUUAAACCCCACCUGCUGUUGCACUUGCAUCUAGCAUUUCCAAACUACUUUCCGUGUAAGAAAAAUAAUGCACUUCUGUAUGCUAUUAUGCCAUAUUAUUGGCUCGUGAAACUUUGCAAUGGAUGUGUGACCAUGUUGCGUGCUUCACAAGCAUGAACGGAUACGGUGCUCUAGGAAUGAACGUUUCACAGUCUUAAAAAAAUCCCAUGAUUAGCAACUUUUAAAACCAGUAAACAACUUUUCCUAGGUAUGAAAUUUGAAGAAGACGUAAUUUGCUACCAAAUGAGCACGAUAACAAUAUUUUGUGCCUGUUUUCUGUCAAAAGCACCUCGGGCAUCUAAAAUCAGUGGGAAAAUCUGCACCAUUUAGGUGUUCAUUCCUUGCGUAGUGUAGUUUUUGCAGACAGCCGGAAAGAAGCAAGUUCAAAAGCCGGCUUUUUAGCGCGACUGAAACAUCUUGGAAUUAUGCUAUACGAUAUCUAUUAUUUCAACACUGCCUCCGCCUCGCUAGCUGCCCCUCAUCCACCAGUGCCUGCACAGUUUAAGCAGGUUCACUUUGUAUUCAGUUACAGCGCCUCAAAGCCUUCGAUAUGCGGGGCGUAUGCUUUAUCCUCACCUCUCCUGAAUCCACUCUGAAAGCUCGAACAUCCUUUCAAGCGACGUCCACCGUGUGCCCUACAAAAUGGUUGGCGCAGACACGCGCGAACUAGUUUGUAGCAAUGGUGGACUUGCGCUGCGUCUACCGCAUGUGUGUUGGUGAGGAAAGGCAUGGUGAUGUUGUUUGGCCGACGGCAUUAUACCUCGGGUUGUAGGGGGGCACAUAUGCUGAAAAAAGUCCCUACAAAGAAGGCUGAGACAACCAUUUCUGGCUUACUACUUUAUAGCUCGGAGUCGUAAAGUCCCGCAUGGGAACAAUGACAAAAGCCGCCGGUGGUGAAGAACAGUGGGUUCAGAUACUGGUGAAAUCCUUAAUUUCUGGUCUUUAUCCCGCCAAGUUACCUCACUUUUGAAACCGAUACUUGUUUCCAGCACACACUGACUUGUCUUAGAAUCUGCCUACUGGACACACCUUGCCCACGCUAUUUGGCAAUCGAACGGUCACUGUUCUUUUUAAAAGAUUAUCUUGCCGCAGUCUAACUUACCUCAAUGCUCCUACUUGUUGGUGUUAGCGUUCGUAUAGCGGUAAUGAUACAAUAUCUGUUUUUUAUCCGUUCUUGUAUUUUACGUUAGUUUUUUUCGUCGUCUCGGUCGAGCUGAAAUUUCAACCGUAGCCGUUUUUUAUUCUAUCAACAAUGUUUACUUAUUUAUAAAACGUAACACCUUUUGCUGAAAUAGGUACCGCUUCUUGCCGUCUACUCGUGGCACCGUUUCCGGUUUCGGUAUCCCGCCUCCGCAAAUGCAGCGUGAUUCGGGCAGUCGAGGUUUCCCUGGCCGAGGCAACGUGCUGGGCAGGGAUAAUUAG